AACCCCGCAACGCCAAAGGCAAAGGCAAAGGCGGACGCGACGUACUCGUCUCCAAAGCCCUCAGCCACCUCCUCCGACAUGCGGCAGAAAAGGAAGGCGUCAAGAUGGACAGCCAGGGAUACGCCAACGUGGCGGACGUGCUCGCAUGGAGAAAAAUCAAAUCAUUGCAAACCACCUUCCCGGAGAUCUUGAACGCCGUCUCGUCGUCGGAUAAGAAGCGCUUUGCGCUGUUACACAUCCCCUCUGCUGAGGUGGAACGGGAUACCCCUGCCACGACAUCGACUACGUCCGAAGACAAGCGCGAAGGAGAGGUGUUACAUGAGAAAGACGCGAUUACGUUGGACCAGAAUACGGCGGUCCCUACGACGAGUGCGGCGCAAGAAACGGCCACCGCAACAGCGCUUGCUGUGCAGGAUCAGAAUCCUUCUCACUUUUUGAUACGAGCGACCCAGGGUCAUAGUAUCAAGAGUGUGGAGGCGGAGUCCCUUCUUGAGAAGAUUUCUUUGGAGGACAAGUCGAAAUUACCGAAGACUGUGGUGCAUGGAACGUUCCAUGGCGCUUGGCCGGCAAUCCUGAAAUCAGGCGGGUUGCGAUCUAUGAACAGGAAUCAGGUGCACUUUGCGACAGGGCCGACGUUGGAUACCGUACUUUCUGCGCAACCCGAGGGUCAGGCACAAUCAAACGAGCCGCAGGUGAUAUCGGGGAUGCGACGAGAUGCACAGAUUCUGAUUUACAUCAACAUCGAGAAAGCACUGGCUGCGGGAUGUCCAUUCUGGCGCAGUGAGAACGACGUCAUUCUCAGUGGAGGGAUUGCAAGUGGCAAUGGAGAUGACAAGCUCGUUCCUUUGGAGUUUGUCGACGUUGUAGUAGAGCGCAAACGGGGCAUGGGGAAGAUCUGGGAGAAUGGACAAGUACUCCAAGAGCUGCCGGCUGAUUUGACCAAGAGGAAUCCCAAGGGAAAUCAGGGGAAUAAGAAGAACUGAGGAUGAGCUGUAUAGACGCUACUAUAGAUCUUUAGAUAUCUAAAUAGCAGCUCCUCGGUCGUCAUUUCAUGGGCCCUGC